UCAAGGAGCUCGAGGCUGAGGGUGCUCGGGACCGGGAGACCCGGCCGCCGGGCCGCGGGCUCCUCAGCAAUGUUUUACUCAGGACUCCUCACCGAGGGCGGCCGCAAGGAGACCGACAUGCGGGAAGCGGCGUCCCUGCGGCAGCAGCGCCGGAUGAAGCAGGCGGUGCAAUUCAUCCACAAGGACUCCGCCGACCUGCUCCCCCUGGACGGCCUCAAAAAGCUGGGCUCGUCCAAGGACACGCAACCUCAUAACAUUCUGCAGAGGCGCCUCAUGGAAACCAACCUGUCCAAGCUCCGGAGCAGUCGAGUCCCUUGGGCCUCCAAGACCAACAAAUUCAAUCAGGCAAAGUCUGAAGGGCUAAAAAAGUGUGAAGAUGAUGACAUGAUUUUAGUGUCUUGCCAGUGUGCUGGAAAGGAUGUGAAAGCUCUGGUUGACACCGGCUGUCAGUAUAAUCUCAUCUCUUCGGCCUGUGUGGACAGAUUGGGACUAAAGGACCAUGUUAAAUCUCACAAGCAUGAAGGAGAAAAGCUUUCUCUGCCACGGCAUCUCAAAGUAGUAGGCCAGAUUGAGCACCUACUGAUUACAGUGGGCUCUCUCCGUCUGGAUUGCCCAGCAGCUGUGGUUGAUGAUAAUGAAAAAAACUUGUCACUUGGGCUUCAGACUCUUAGAUCCCUGAAGUGUAUCAUAAAUUUGGACAAGCACCGGCUGAUCAUUGGGAAGACAGACAAAGAAGAAAUCCCUUUUGUGGAGACAGUGUCUUUGAAUGAAGCCAACACUUCAGAAGCAUAAUUGCAGCCUGGAAAGUGUCUGCAUGUGCACACACCAGGCUGACAGACUGAGAAAACUGGGUUUGAAUGAAAUGCAGUAGCAACUUGCUAUGGACCAAGUCCUUCCCUCCAGUACAUCCUGCAGGGGCUUCUUCCCACUCAGACCUUUCUAGACUAUAGUCUGUGCUUAGAGAUCUUGUCUAGUUAAUGGCUUAAUGGUUAAACAGCCAUUGUUUUUUACUUCUUUGAAUAUUUAAUUUAUAGACCCUUUGGACACUGCCAGGUCUUAUUUGUGGCCUAUUUCUCUGCUUAUUCCAAGAAUUUGCUUUUAUUAGUCCAGUGUAGGGGCUGCCAUGUUUCUCCACAGAUAAAACUUGCUUUUUUAAUAGUAAAAUAUAUAGUAAAUAGGAUUCUCUUUUUAGCUGUUUCAAGGAGUUAUAUAAACAUGUCUUGAAGUUAGAAUCUCUUCCAAUGAAGUAAUUGAUUUUUCCAAUGUGAACUGAUCUGAGAGAUGUCUCAGAGAGAUCAUCUGAUCCAGACAUUUCACUUAAACACACAGACAGUCAAGUGAAUUGUCUAAAUUUACAUAUUAAGUCAGUAGCAGAAGCCAGACAGAAUCUGGCCUGACAUCCAAACCAAGGCUUUUGUGUUGCUUCAUUUUUCCCAAGCCUUACGAGGAAGGCAGCAAGGUUAGAGUGCAAAAAAAAGGAGGGGUACUGGAUGUGGGUUAGUGGUGGAGUGCUUGCCUAAUGUGCACGAGGUCCUGGGUUCAAUCCCAGCGCUAGAGAUAAAGAGAGAUGGCUUGGUGAUUAGGAGUGCUUGCUGCAUAAGCACGAAGACUGCUAUUUGGACCCCAGUACCCAAAGGCUGGGCACAGUCCUACACAUACCUGUGACCCCAGAACUGAGGGGGCUGAUGACAGGAUGACUGAUGGGACUUUCUAGCUGCCAGUCCGACCCAGAGAGGGAGAGAAAGCGAGGAAGAGAGAGGUAGAGCUCUAUCUCCAGAGACCCCGUCUCAAAGGAACAAGGUAGAGAGUGAUAGAGGAAUAGAGGAUACCCAAUGUGAGUGUGCACAGGUGCACAGCUCCACAUACACUUGUACAAAUUCCUGCACACACCUCUCAUAGACACACCAC